UGGGUACAUUCAAGGUGAUAUGUAUAUAUGCAUGUAUAUAAAAGCCUUCCAAAGUUGGAGGAUCAGGGGCUUAAAUGCUUAAUUAAUUGCCUUCUGUAGUCCUGAUGCCUCAGAGGGAUUAUGAUUCUUCGCUGUUUUUGGGUUUUUAUUCUGAAUUCUGCCUAUAACCCAACCAUGAGCUAACUAGUUUAGGUUCAGUUUGGGAUCUGGGGUUGCAAAACCUUCAGAAUUUUUUUGGUCUUAUCAGAUGAUCAAGCUUAGGUUUAGUAGGCAACAGGCAUACAGGAAUGAUCUGUAUAUUGAAAGCCAUGACAUACAAGAUUCUCUGAGGUGGGUUGGCUGUUAGAGAGGGAAAUACUAGUGUUUUAGAGUGAAGUUUCCAUGGAGAGUCUCAAAGUUUUCAAGAGCUGAGUUUUGUUCACAAGUGAGAGAUAUUUAGUGGCUGAUCGAUUUUAGCUUCAGAGGUGAAGUUCAUAGGAUAUAUCCGAUCGCUGUUGGCCAUGAAAAUGUCCUUCCACACAUUAAAUUGCACGACAGUUAUUCUAGGAAGUGUAAAUAAGAAUAAAACCCAGUUCAGAAAUCCAUCUGUAGCUGCACAAAUAUCUUCAGUGCCGCCCAUAAACUUUGAUGAGAGUGGAAACUUGCUUGAAUCCAAGAGGAAUUUGAGCUCAGGAAUGGCUCUAAAAAGAUGUCAGGCCCCAAAUUCCCUGCUCAGCCAACGAAAUACAGUUGGAAUCAUUGGAGGGGUAUCUGUUUUUUCUACUCUGAUUUUCUUGGAAAAGCUUGUCCUGUGGAGUUCUAAAGAUGGGCAAGAAUGUGUACCUUUCGUUGUCUGCAGCGACCCAGCAAUAAGUGAAGAGCUUCCUGUUGGCUCAUUUCAUUCAUUCAACAAUACAAAUGCUAAAAUCCAAUUCAAUCAUGCCCCAAUAGUCGGGAAUUUGCAGCGCAAAAGGGUGUUUCUUGAGCAGUCUGGAGCUCGUUGCAUAGUCAUGCCAUGCCAUCUGUCACAUGCGUGGCACAGUGAGAUUUCUGAGGGAUGUUCUUUACCCUUCCUUCAUGUAGGUGACUGUGUUACCACGGAGCUCAGCGAAGCAAAGUUCAGGCCACUUGAAGCUGGGAGUGACGUGCGAAUUGGGGUGCUUGCUACACCUGCAGCUCCAAUCGCUGGUUUUUAUCAGGAGAAACUACGAAGUCAGGGCUUUGAGGUUGUGUUGCCAGACCAAGCAGCCAUGCAGCACAUUGUAAUUCCUGCAAUUGAAGCAUUGAAAAGAAAAGACAUUGAAGGAGCGAGGAAUCUCUUAAGAAUUGCUAUCCAACUUCUCUUGGUGAGGGCUGUGAACACAGUCAUCCUUGCUUCUGAUGAAAUGCAUGGUCUUCUGCCUCACGAUGAUCCUCUUCUCAAGAAAUGCAUUGACCCCAUGGAUGCUUUGGCCAGGUCAACUAUAAAGUGGGCAAAAUCUUCAUAAAAAGCUAUAUCACUGAAAAUAUGUACAACUUCUUUUGAGUCAUCACGGUUGGAAUGUACUGGUGUAUCAAAAAGCACAGACAAACCAGACCAAAGAACAGCAAUGGGGGACAUGUGACUCGCUGUGUGUUAUAGUGAAAUGAGAAGGGCUAAGAACUUGAUGAAGGGAGAGUAUAGGAGGAAUAUUCUUCAUAAGAACUCCAUUACCAUAGUUAGAGUAUGAGCUGCUUGAAAGAUCAAUUCAAUACACCUGGAGCUGAUUAGUUUGAUAUAAUUGGGAAAUGUUAAGAUCAUCUGAAUAAUCUACUGCUAUUUGGGUUAUUUUCACCCUUUAUUUGGCAUGUACUCAUUCUAUCCAAAAGUACGUUCUGUA